CUCAGGUUUGACAUCAUCACUGAUCACGCACGUCGUUGCUUAUCCCUGUCCAGCUAUGGUGCGAGCUUUCCUCUCCUUCGCUGCCCUGCUUGCGGUUAGCACAGAAUGCCUCGCAUUCAUGGGACCUUCGACUGCCUCCGUUCGGGCGCUCGGGUCAACUCAGGGUCCAUCGGGUUCGACCUCCGCCGUCUCCCGCCAGCCCUCGAGGGGCAUGCUUAGCAUGGCCAGCAAGAAGGACGAAGAGGCCGCACGGCAGCUGUCCAACAUGGCGCGUGCUGCCCGGAAGGUCGGACCCAACGACCGAGUGGUGGAGCUCAGGAAGCCGAUGGGACUCGUUCUCGAGGAGGAUGAGCGAGGAAACGUGUACAUUGUGGAGAUUGUCCCCGGAAGCAACGCCUCGAGAAAGAAGCAGAUCAACGUCGGAGACAAGAUCACCUUCGUUUCCGCGACCUUCGGAGAGGAGAUCUGGAGCGCGCAGGGCGUCGGGCUGAGCCGCGUGCAGUCGGCCAUCAGGAUUCGGAGUGGGCCGACGGUGAAGCUUGUCCUGGAAACCUCGAAAGAGGCCGAGAAGAAGAUGGCACGAGACUCGGCCAGAUUGAAGAGGCUCCAGGACGCCAAGGAAACCGAGGAAGACAAGAGGGACCGCCUGCUGAGAGAGCUGUCGGACGACACCAAGGUCCAAAAGAAGAAGCCGUGGUACGGCCUGUUCUAGUGAGCCACGGACAGGGAAGGAAGGAAGGAAGGCCCUUCGUUGUGGUAACAACGACGACCUGGGAUUCUCUCGAAGCACGGGAGGAUUGGCAUCGUACAGGUCUCCUCUCUCCCAAUCCCGCGCGUGUUUUUGUUGCGUGUGUCAUGGGGUGGCACGGGAGAGGGGCGGAGGGCAUUUAGCUGUCCUGCUGAAGAUGGGCCUCGUUUCUCAUUCCCAACCUCGUACGCAUAUCAUCGUAUCAUUCGGUGGAUGUGUUGCGCUUGAAAGCCCAUUUCGCGGAGGAAUCUGCUGUUUUUUUAGGUCGCAAGCUCGGGGUUAGUCUAGUCCGCCCCACCGCAAUCCUUGGUAAUUGACCGGUGUUUGUGGAAAUCGAGCCGUGUCGACUGAUCCCGUUUGUUUUGUUUAGGCAAUGACUUAGAAAUAUUCGCUCUUGCCCGGUGGCCAUGUGUGCUUUGAAUAAGUUUGCUGGUAAUAUUUUAGGGCGAAGAGAGGAAAGUUGGGUCCCCUUCGUUCGGGCGAGUUUUCUUGUGUUUCGAAGUAGUUCAGGCCCUACGAGAGCGCCGCCUCCCUCCAGCGAUAAUGCCGAGGGCGCGGUUUUUUGUUCUCUGGCAUACCUGAAGGUUGACUGGCAUGUUUGAUAUUCGGGAGCCGACGUGGGUUUGUACACACCUCCCUCUUCGAUGUCUCUUCGAGACGCGGGGAAGGCAGAGUUGGCACGUUCUCAUGGGUUGGCUGCCCUGUGCUGUGGUGAAACCAUGGUUGGUUGGCCUUCUGAGGGGGGCAUCCUUGUCCCGUUGAAAACGUAGAAAAGAAGACACAGAUAGGCUACAUUGAAGUCAAGCAGGACUUGUGAUAGUUUAGACUGCGUUGAGGUCAAGUAUAGUCCUUGUAGUUGGCACACAUGGGCAUGAUUUCUUCCCAACGAAGCAAAUUAUUUGCAGGAGAGGCGAAAUAUUGUAUGGCGCCAGAUAGAGAGUAGAGAGGUGCACGGGCGGCGCUGGAAUUAUAGUGCGUACCAUCGCGGCAAAGAGGUCUGUGCUGUUCUUGAUGGAAAACGAUAGGGGGAAAGGAAGGUAUAGAGUCUGACUGAACAGUCAAGAGAACCGUCUUUGGACCAACCGCUUCCUUGAUUUAAUAACGCCCUGUUGUUCCGG